AAUUAUUAAACGCAAUUUUUCGUAAAUUCAUAGAUCGCAUAACAAUAAUUAGGAAAAUAUGAUAGUUGUGAUAAGAUAGUUCCGCAUAAAAUCAGUCAAGAGUGUGCAAAGUAGUUCAAAAUUAUCAAUAAUCACUUAAAAUAGAAUCAAAAAGGACAGAAAUUAAGGAAAAAUGAAUUAUCAAGCAACAAUAGACCGAACAGAGAAUCCAUUUCAGCAACUUAAUAAUCAGGAUGAUAAUUUUGAGGACGAAGAAGAUAAUACGCAUAAUAUAAAAUUCACAAUACCACCGAAUAGUAAUGAAAAAGCUCAGUGGAAUCACAUCGUAGAUUUAGACUCAUUUUUCCGGAGAAUCUAUAAAUAUCAUCAAAAAAAUGGAUUUAAAGUAAUUGCUUUGGAAGAGAUUCUUGGCUUAUUCCAAUUUGUUGUAGUCGUCGUUUUUAUUAUAUUCACAACUUACUGUGUAAACUAUCCAGUUCUCUUCAAAGAAGAGAAGCCGCCAGAUCAGACGGAAUUUCCAGUUAAAUAUACAAUUAAGGAUGUCAUUUUUACAUCCGAGCAGUGCCAUGCACGAUUCUCUCUUUGGACUUAUGCGCUUAUAGGAGUUUCUGUGAUUUUUUGGGUUGUGCGAGCUAUUACUGUCUUCUUUCAUAUCAUACACAACUACGACAUCCAAUGCUUCAUGAAGGUUGCGUUAAAAAUUGAGGAUUAUGAGUUGGAGAACUAUACAUGGCAUGAAAUUCAGAGGAGGAUACGUGAUGCACAAUCCGAAAUUCAACUUUGUGUCCACAAAGACAACUUAACAGAACUCGAUAUUUAUCAUAGAAUUUUAAGAUUUCAAAACUAUAUGGUAGCAAUGAUUAACAAGAAUGUACUACCGUCUAAGCUAAAUAUACCGAUAAUUGGCGAAGUAAAUGUGCUAAGUAAAUUGCUAAUCUACAAUAUCGAAUUGAUACUUUUUCGUGGACCGUUUGCUUGCUUCGAGAAUAAUUGGCACUUGAAAGAGGAUUUUAAGAGAGCUACAAAACGUGCUGAGCUCGCUUCGAAACUUUCAAAACAUAUUACUUGGUAUGCUUUGGUAAACUUAAUGCUGGCACCGCUUAUAUUUUUGUGGCAAGUUUUGUUCUUCUUCUUCAGUUACGCACCAAUUGUGAAGAAGGAACCAACGAUAUUAGGAAUGAGGACAUGGUCUCAAUAUGGAAAGCUUUAUUUGCGUCAUUUUAACGAACUCGAUCAUGAAUUAGAUGCGAGAUUAAAUCGCGCAUACAGACCAGCUGUUAAAUAUGUCAAUGCAUUUUCAUCGCCAAUUCUCACCGUCUUAGCUAGAUUCUGUAUUUUUACGUUUGGCGGAUUAGGAAUGUUUCUAUUCAUCUUGGCAAUCGUCGACGAAGAUGUUAUACAAGUUGAGCACGUUCUGCUCAUCAUCACAGCCUUUAUGGGCAUUACAGUCGUUUCACAUAGCUUAAUUCCGGACGAGAAUUUAAUUUGGUGUCCUGAGCAACUUAUGAAGAACAUUUUAUGCCAUGCUCACUAUUUAAAGCCAGAAUGGCGCGGAUUUGCACAUACGUCGAAAGUUCUUAGAGAAUUUGAAGACUUUUUUCAGCUUAAAGCAUUUUAUUUUGUAAAUGAGAUUUUUAGUCCAUUUUUGACAUUUUUCGUGCUUAUGUUUAGCAUUAGACCACGUUCGACAGAAAUUAUUGACUUUUUAAGGAACUUUACAGUCUCAGUUAUUGGUGUCGGUGAUGUCUGUUCAUUUGCUCAAAUGGAAAUAAGAAAGCAUGGAAAUGCAGAUUGGCAAAUUGUUAACAGCAAUGAAGAUUUAAGUCCAACAGUCGAGACAAAUCAAUACAAUCAAGGUGAAAAUGGCAAGACUGAAUUGUCUUUGGUCCACUUUGCAUUAACAAAUCCACACUGGAAAAUGACAACAGAAGCCAAACAAUUUUUACGAGGAGUUCGAAAGCAUGCAAUGCACGAUUUAAAUAAGACACGAAAUCCUUUGGCACCGACUAAUUUAGGAGCAACAGCUAUGGGACAAAGUUUGAUGUCUGUUGAAAGUUUGGGUGAAGAAUAUUCAUCUGUUGUGCAAUCAAUUUUACAGAUUCAAAAUCUGUCGACAUCGCAGCAUAUGAUGGGCAUGUCAAUGUAUCAACAACCAACUUAUACAGCAGGUCCAUCAAAUCAACCAAUAACUCCACCAAAUACAGCAAUAAUUCAGUCUUCGAUGGCACCAACAUUUGAUUUCGAGAGAAUGUUACGUGACAAUUUAACGGAUGGAUCGACCAUGACGCAAAUGCGUAGUCAGUAUCUCCCAAAUAUCAAUGAAGAUGAAGAUUCUGAUGAUCAGCAUCAAGAAGCAGCAGCUUCUCAACCUGUUCCACCGAAUAGAAAUGCAACUGGAUUGCAUAUGAGCAUUCGGGGAAGUUUAGCAAAGAAGGAAGGUCCAAUAGAAAUGUCUAAGCAUGGUCUUCUUUACAGUUUAUGUAAUAUUCCUCAAAAUGAAACUCAAAUGUUUUCGCCGGAACUUACGACGGCUGACAUGUGUUUAAGUACUCUUUAUUUGCAUGAAGUACAUCAUAAGCAGCAACAACGUCGUGGUGCACGAUUAGAAGAGAGUCAAAGAUUCUUAUGGCAAAAACCACGACAAAAUCCACAAGAUACAUCAUUACAAGUCAAUAAUGAGAGGAUGCCUUUACUGUCAUCGAGGAAAUCCUAGCGAAAAGCUCCCCAAGAGUGGGUGUGAAACUAGAUAUCCAUUUUUAAAAUUCUGAUAGAAUAUUUUCAAUUUUACUAGAUGUGUAUGUACAUACGAGAAUGAACCAUUUUAAUUAACAUAUUAUGAUAAUAAUGUUGCUUAAAAACGAAGAAGAAAGUGUAAUUAUAAGCCGAAAAAACAAUAAAAAAAUAAUUAAC